AUGCCGCAUCAACAGCAAAAUGUUCGUAGUACGGUCGAAGGAGACGCUACGAAGAUUGAUCUUUGGACUGGUACUGACAUGUCACGGUUUGAUCAAGAUGUUCAUAUCAUUCCCAUAGACAGUGUUAUGCGACGUUUUCAAUCUAACCACCAAACUGGCUUAUCGUCUGCUUUUGUGAGUAAAGCGCAGACGUGCUAUGGUAGUAAUCAGAUCACACCUCCCCCUUCACCGAACUACUUCCGAUUAUUAAUCAAACAAUUAUUCAUGGGUUUUAAUUCAAUUCUUCUAGCUGGUGGUAUUCUUGCUCUAAUCGCUUAUCAGCCACUUGGAGGAUCAGAGCCAUCUAUUACAAAUUUAAGUCUUGGUAUCGUGCUUUUAUCGGUGACGGUUUUCAAUGCUUUUCUCAAUGUGUAUCAAAAGCUCAAGUCGAUUAAGAUUAUUGCUGCGUUUGCAAAACUAUUACCGAAAUCUGUUCCCACUCGACGUGAUGGUGUAGAACAACACAUUCCGAUUAUCGAACUUGUUCCUGGUGAUAUUAUCUUAAUUAAAAUGGGUGAUGUCGUACCAGCUGAUUGUCGAUUUUUAACUUGCGAAGGACUGAAGCUUAAUUCGGCCGAAUUAACCGGUGAAACAAAACCCGUCUCAAUCACAGUUGAAUGUACCAGUGAAAAUUUGAUGGAGACAACUAAUCUUGGAUUCUAUUCUUCGCUUGUUGAAGAAGGUAUGGGAGAAGCAGUGGUUGUCGCAACAGGAAACAGCACCAUUUUGGGUAAAAUGUCACGCACAACGCAAGAGAGUUCAAAUGAAAGAACUACGAACCUACAUCGUGAAGUCAAUCGCUUUGUAUUGUUUGUUCUCGUCGCCGAUAUUAUGAGUAUUAUUAUCCUUUGGAUUACAUGGGGAGGCUGGCUUAACAAUAGCCAUCCAGCAUUCAUUACUCUUAUUGGAAAUAUCCUCAAUUCCAUUGGAAUGAUCGUAAGUUUCUUACCUGUUGGUUUACCAUCUGCUGUUACGCUCGCGUUGGCAAUCGUGGCUAAACGAAUGAGUCAACAGCGAAUUUUAGGAAAAAGUUUGCAAAUUGUUGAAAGCUUCAAUUCUGUUUCGAUAAUUGCCACGGAUAAAACAGGCACAUUGACAAAGAACAAAAUGGUCGUGAGCGAGAUCUUCUGGGAUACGGACAAUGGAUGUAAAAUGUUUGACAACGGCAAUGAAGAAUCACCAACAAGAGCAACAAUGUCAGACACAAAUCGUCGAGUAUCAUUUGGACUCCGUGAUGGUUCUCAACGUACUGCGAAAGUAUCUCCAGUCAUCGAAAGACCAUCGAUCAACGGAAAUCAUCAGGAUGAGUAUAGCGAAAACCAACAAAACCGAUUCUGCGUCGAAGUGUUCGAUGAUUUACUUCUUGGCGCUGCAUUGUGCAACAAUGCCAAAAUGCAACUUGUCAGAAGUCAAUCAAAAGAUCGAGAUAUGAUGAAAGCGAAUUCGGAAUUACAUGUUAUUGGUGAUCCUGUCGAUGUUGCACUUUACAAUUUGUGUGUUUAUCAAUGUUAUAUGUACAUUGAUGAAAUACGCUGUGUAAAUCCUCGACUGAAAACUUUACCAUUCAAUUCAGCAAACAAAUUCAUGAUUACAGCGAAUCGAAUGGAAUCACAUAAUUUAUCUUCAACAGAUCCGCGGAAUACAGUGUUAAUUACAAUGAAAGGUGCCCCCGAAAUUGUUAUUCAACGUUGUUCUACAUACAAAACAAAUAGUGGUCAAAUCUUACCAUUAACAACGGAAAUAAAAGAGAAAUUUUUGAAUCAACAAGAAGUACUAAGCAGAAGUGGUUAUCGCAUUAUCGCUAUGUGUCAACAAAAAUUAACACAGAUGCGAUAUAAUCAACUAAUACAGCAACAUGACGAGCGACGUCAGCCGAGAGUUGUCGAAAUCCAUAAUUUAAACGGAUUUCCUGGAGAAAAGUAUUGUUUCCUCGGUCUUUUCUCGCUAUUCGAUUCUCUUCGGUUCGACGCGCCCGAUUCCAUACUCAGAAUCCGAGAUGCACGUAUUCGUGUCGUAAUGAUUACCGGCGAUCAUCCGACAACUGCCAGAGCGAUUGGCGAGCAAGUGAAUAUCUUCUCAGCGGCGAUUGCCAAACGAAACGGAAUCGAUUCAUUUCAAAUGCGAGAAAACGCAACCAAACAGUUAGUUUUUCGGCUACAUCGAAAUGAAACGCUCUUUGAAGAACACAUCGCCGGAACGAUAACGGCACUUCGAUCUGCAAGUACAAUUAUCGAAAAGCAAGCUUGGCAUAGACGCUGGUAUGCAUCGCUCAAGAAUCAAUUUACUGAGGCAGAUCCAAUCUUUUACAAAGAAAAAGAAAAAGAAAGAAUUCCUUAUGCUAUUGUGAUUGUCGGUAAUCAAGUUGAUUAUCUCGAUGAUUUUAUGUGGAAUUGGGUGUUGUCUCAUGAAGAAUUAAUAUUCGCUCGUACGUCACCGGAACAAAAAUUGCGCAUCAUCAUGGAGUUCCAACGACGCGGGGAAAUCGUCGCUGCAAUCGGCGAUGGAACAAACGAUGCACCGUCAUUGAAAUAUGCUGACCUGGGUAUUGCUAUGCAAACAGGAACGAGUGUUUCGAAAGAAGGAGGUGAUUUGAUUCUGCUCGACAACCGAUUUUCAUCCAUCGUAUCAUCCAUCGAAACAGGUCGUCUUUUGGCUGAUAAUUUGAAAAAAGUCGUCAUGUUUUUAUUGCCAGCAGGAUCUUGGUCCGAAUUUUGGCCAAUUAUGUUUAAUAUGUGGCUUGGCGUUACUCUAUCGCUUUCGGCAUUUUUAGCCACGAUUCUGUGCGUGCUCAAUGAUCCUCGGAAUACAGUGUUAAUUACAAUGAAAGGUGCCCCAGAAAUAGUUAUUCUACGUUGUUCUACAUACAAAACAAAUGAUGGUCAAAUCUUACCAUUAACAACGGAAAUAAAAGAGAAAAUUUUGAAUCAACAAGAAAUACUAAGCAGAAGUGGUUAUCGCAUUAUCGCUAUGUGUCAACAAAAAUUAACACAGAUGCGAUAUGAUCAACUAAUGCAGCAACAUAAUGAGCGACGUCAGUCGAGAGUUGUCGAAAUACAUAAUUUAAACGGAUUUCCUCAAGAAAAAUAUUGUUUCCUCGGUCUUUUCUCGCUGUUCGAUUCUCUUCGGUUCGACGCGCCCGAUUCGAUACUCAGAAUCCGAGAUGCGCGUAUUCGUGUCGCAAUGAUUACCGGCGAUCAUCCGGCAACUGCCAGAGCGAUUGGCGAGCAAGUCAAUAUCUUCUCAGCGGAGAUUGCCAAACGAAACGGAAUCGAUUCUUUUCAAAUGCGAGAGAACGAAACCAAACAGUUAGUUUUUCAGUUAUAUCGAAAUGAAACACUCUUUCAAGAACAUAUCGCCGGAACGAUAACGGCACUUCGUUCCGCCAGUACAACUAUCCAAAAGCACAUUAAACUGGAAAAACAAGCUUGGCAUAGACGCUGGUAUGCAUCGUUCAAGAAUCAAUUCACUGAGGCAGAACCAAUCUUUUACAAAGAAAAAGAAAAAGAAAGAAUUCCUUAUGCUAUUGUGAUUGCAGGUAACCAAGUUGAUUAUCUCGAUGAUUUUAUGUGGAAUUGGGUGUUGUCUCAUGAAGAAUUAAUAUUCGCUCGUACAUCACCGGAACAGAAAUUGCGCAUCAUCAUGGAGUUCCAACGACGCGGGGAAAUCGUCGCUGCAAUCGGCGAUGGAACCAACGAUGCACCGUCAUUGAAAUAUGCUGACCUGGGUGUUGCUAUGCAAACAGGAACGAGUGUUUCGAAAGAAGCGGCUGAUUUGAUUCUGCUCGACAAUCGAUUUUCAUCCAUCGUAUCAUCCAUCGAAACAGGUCGUCUUCUGGCUGAUAAUUUGAAAAAAGUCGUCAUGUUUUUAUUGCCAGCAGGAUCUUGGUCCGAAUUUUGGCCAAUUAUGUUUAAUAUGUGGCUUGGCGUUCCUCUAUCACUUUCGGCAUUUUUAGCAACGAUUCUGUGCGUGCUCAAUGAUGUCUCGAUAUCAUUGGCUCUGGUGAUGGAAAAACCAGAAACGGAGAUUCUAUCUCGACCACCAUCGAAUCGAAAAGAUGAUCAUCUCCUCAACUGGCGAUUGCUUUUUCAUGCUUAUAUGCUCAUCGGCAAUCUAGAAUGUUUCACGGCAUUCUUUUGCUUCUGUUACUAUUGGAUCGAUAACGGUAUAUCAUUCUAUUCACUCAUGUUCACUUACGAGUAUUUCGGUAUCAAUCCACCUACGGCGUACAGUCCCGAGAAAAUUCUUGAGAUGAUCAACGUGUCUCAAUCGAUCUAUUAUUGUUCGUUAUGCGUCUUUCAAGUCUUUAAUUACUUUGCCACGCGAACGCGCUAUGCCUCCAUUUUGCAACACAAUCCUUUCUGGGGCAACAAUCGCAACUGGUUCGCAUUCGUGGCUAUAGCCUUCUCAAUAGGUAUUGUUUUACUUUUCACUCAAGUCACCUGGCUCAAUGAAAUAUUCGCUACAGCUCCGGUGCCUGCCAAAUACAUCAUGCCAACGCUCGGAUUCGGUGUACUUUGGCUAGUUGUUGAUGAACUUCGAAAAUGGUACAUUCGUAAAUAUCCACAAAGCAUUAUUUCAAAGAUUGCUUGAUGGACACUGAACGAUGCGAUUACACUUUGUACAACGAGAAUUACAACUGAUCGGGCAGUUGGUGGCGACUAUACUGUGAAAUUGAUUCGGAAUAAAACAGCUGUGGAUUAUCUGUUUAAAGCUGAAUCUUAUAAUUUCAAUUAUCAAUGUGAAAUUCGUUCACUGAAAAGAAUCCAGAUUUAUCCGGUGAGAGUUGGUGGGUGUAUUUUGAAUGAUGUUCCUGGUGGAGACAGAAUAUUGGAAGAAAUGUGUUCACACCUAUUAUCCUCGAAUGGAUGGGGAUUUUUCCGUUUGUUAUCGAAUCAACUCAGUCGAAUCAUUGCAAAAGAAAACCAUCCUCUCAUGAUUUUUACUCAUUUUAAAUCGUUAUUCAGUGCUGCCGAAGCGAAAGAACGACCUCUUGACAGCAAGUUGACACCAGAAUACACGAAAGACCAAUAUAUGGAUACUGCUCUACGUACGGCUCUGUUUGCAAGAAAUGAGGAAUGGUUAGCUGAGGGACUCGAUCCAUCAGUAACAUACAAAGAUUGA